UAAGUACAAGGUUUAGUCGUAGCAUAGUUCGUUGUCGACAUCCACUCUCACUCUUUUUAUAAUCGAGGUUUAUUUUUAGUGCAUUAACUGUCUUCCAGCACGACCACACUUUUGCUCAACAAAAAUCAUGACGCCACCGCCAUGGUCUCAGGCGUCCCUCUCUCAGACGGCCCUAGCUGGCCUAGUCGAGAUAGACGCUAGUCUGGACAACAUUCGGCAACAACUCUCACCACCGAAGGACAGCUUGAGACGUUAUGGAACUGUCUCUAGCUGUCCUUGGAGGUAACAUUCCCAAUUUCCUUGGAGGUACAUUCGCCUUCAUUGAUUGUUCUCAAAAUACAUAGACAUAGAAGAAGUCUUCUUGUAGUUCAUGAUCAGAGAUAGGUUGCGUGGCCGACCGGCACGCCCGGCAAGCUACUAGAUACUGCAUUCAAGAGGAGACUCUCUUUUGAAGGAGCCUUCAUUCGCGGCGCGCGCACGGGUGGGGUUUGAGGGGGGGACGAAGUGGGCGCGGGUAGCGGUAGGUUAGGUAAUGUAGAUAGGAUGAAGAGGUCUUAUGUGUGUAGUCGACUGAUGAAGCGCCGAUGGUUGAGGAAUGGGAUCAACUCCUGCCGACGAUACGCGACUCGCGGGCGACGUUGAACUUUUGAUCUCACGCGCUCGUGACGAUGGGAGACCCACAGGUGGGCGCGUCGAUGGGCAGUGUAAGUGCUGCCCAUCCGCGCCCGCUCUUUGUGUGCAGGUAAGGCGGGGCUGCGUGGGCGACGCCCGGGGAGUGCAAUUGGGAGGACGGAGGAUUUUCAAGAGCCGGGUGGAGGAAGUGAGAAGAUGACGUGUAGAAGGAAGAAUCGUAGCGCAAUAGUCGCAUUCUUCCCAUCAAUUUCAAAACAACAUCGGUUCUUCAGCAAGGUCCUUUGUGCCCUUACAUCGGUGUCCUUAGUGACGGAUGGUAAGAUCGCUCGAGGGCGUAACACGUGCGAGACGAUCGGGUCGCGCGCGCGAUAAUAAUAAUAAUAAUAAUGAUCAUGCUCAUUUUUUCACCGGGACCAAAGAUAGUUUACUUUUUAGAUAGAAGAGGUUCCACCUCCACAGUCCACCCUUGUUGUGAGAUGCUAAGUCAGUGACAUCGUUUUCUUCUAACUACACCUUAAGGAGUAAAUCUUUUAAGAACGAGGGAAAGAAUCUUUUCCUCGUUCUUACAAGAUUUACUACUUAUAAUCUAUCGCAAUCACUGAGUAAAAAUAGUACAUCGAUCUCUCUUCGCAAGAGAUGAAAUGUACUAAGCAAUACAUCAAGUGACUCGUCAAAUAAAUCAUCUAACGGUUCCUCUCUCUCGUUCUCGACGGCGAAGACCACGUCGGUCUGUCCUUUUGGCUGGCAGGUGGUUUGCAAUUGGCCUCCACGAUCUUCUUCUUUUUAAGGAGAAAUCUUGGUCUUAAAAAGUAGAUUGCUAACACGACUAUAAAUACUAAUAUCGCUAUCUUCUUCCUGACUUCUGCACGGAUGCACUCACGACACUCAGUGGCGCUUCCCCUUGAGAAUCAAGGGAAACCAAGGUCAAGGAGCAGAAGGAGAUAAUCAUCUUUGCCUAGUACGUCUCCCGCCUAGACGGAAGUUGUUGAUGACGCUGCUCUAAUCAUAGCCCAAGUUUUUCUAGUUCCUAGGAGAUGGGCAAACUCGAUGAUCGUUGCUGGCAUCGUCUGCGGUGUUGCUUGGCAUCAUUACCAGUACAUGAAAGUUAUGCUGAGGACUGACUCGCUUUCGCUUGAACUUUAUUCUGCUUUUUUUGUUUCAUGGACGUGGACGUGGAGAGGGAAAGAAUUGAAAUUGAUACGUGCAUGAAGAAUAACAAGUAGGAAGUAAUUGCAAUAACGAGCACAGCAUAGGCUUACUCUUACUGACGCUAAUCUGCACGUAGAAUACCAAUACAAACAUCCUAAUCUACUAAGUAGACUUUAUCCCAUUCGCGUGCGCUCCCUUUCUCUGCUCCUUUUCAUUGACUACCUUUGGGCAGAUACGCAAACCGCGCCCACUGUUUACCGAUACAUGGAUUGGUGAGGAGAAAUUUAAGCUUUUUUUCGCAUAAGGAUUUGGAUUUGAAUUUGCUGUGUUCGAGGAGGCUAGUUUCUUGCAUGGAGAAAGUAUGUGGAUGAAUUCUUGCAUCUCGUUUCACAAAGAACUACUAAAAUCUCUACUUUUUUUAGAGUGCCGCGCAUCAUAUGGACACUACAACAGGAGGCUACCGAUAAAGAUAAUUCAUAAUCAUCCAGGUUAAUUACCGUGCCCUUGCAAGUGACCGAGUUUUACCUCAUCCUAGUAGCCGCGACACCUGACGAUAAACCACCUUUAGUUAAGAAAGGACUUCUUUUCGAUAUAAUGAAAAUGUAUUGUCAACGACAACAAGAAACCCCGUGCUAGCUCUAUCAUCACGAGGAUUAAAUUAAUGGAAGCCCUUCAAGCUGAAAUGACCAAUCUCGAUGACAGAAGUAGAACUAAAUGUACAAGUUAAACUUCCUGUCCUCCUGGUCAUUCCUUAUUCUUCUUGUCUAAUAACCGCUACUUCUUGUUUUUUCGGCUUAUGGCUGCCUCAAUUUUGAUGCUGGCAUUUGGCUACAUAGGGGAAACCGAAACCAUGGACCGAUGGCUCGCCUUUUGCUGUGGAUGUGCCUUCUACGUCUACAUUCUAUAUGAGGUACUGCUAAGUAAUGCUCUUCAUCAUAUUUAUUUGAUUAUGUAUCGCUCAACCUUGUCCCUUCCAUCCUUCUUCCUUCCUGUUAGACGAGUUGUGAGUGUGAGAGUGAGACAAGUAGCCCUUAAAGAGUACUUACUUCCUAGAGUACACUUGCUGAAGCGAGGAACGCCAAGGGUACUCUGUAAAGCCCUUAAACAAGAGUACUUACUUCAUCAUGUGAUUGCGCACACCUCUUCAUAGUUGUAUUCCACCAACACGUACAAACCGUAUCCAUCGCAAGAACUACAACAGCUUUACUUCGGAGAAGCAGCAAAAACCAGUGACAGUCAAUCGUGGGAUGAAGCCAAAAAAUUUUUGGCUCUCUUGACUGGAGAAGCGAUGGACGAAGACGAAGAGGAGGGGAAUGAAAGCGAUGCUAAACACAAAGCUGCGGUCCAACGUGCCAUGUCGCAGGCUAAGUACUUGUCCUUGUCGUGAUUUUCACUAUUAAUGGUCGAGCUCGAGUCUCUCACUCUCCCCUAUGAUUUUUGUCCUCACGGAAGUAAAACUACACAUGAUCGAGUCGUCGCCAGGCAUUAGCGGAAGUAAAAUUUACCAAACAUUAACAACAUCAUGAAGAUGAAGAAGUGGCACAUUCAAAUCAUCUCAAUACUCGAUAGUAUUUCUUUUCACCCAGCAACUACAACAGCACUGGCCAAAAAACCUUCUUACAACAAAACAGCACUGGCCAAGAAAACCUUCUUACAACAAAACAGCACUGGAGCAACCUCUCCACCUAACAAAACAGCACUGGACAAACCGUGGCGAAUUCAGUGGCCUUGAACGAAUUCAAGAAACCAGAAGCGCAGCUGGCUUUCCAGAUUAUCCGGAUCAUCCUGCUGGUGGGCUGGAUGCUAUAUCCUGUAGGGUACCUCGCAUCCGAUGGUCAAGGAGAAGGGGGAGAGAGAACUUUGAAUUUAUGGUUUCUCUUUUCUAUCUUCCUUUGGUCUUUCUUUUUUCUUGUGAGGUCGGCUCCACGACCACAAACAUUUUUAGGUCGGCUUUUUUUCCAGCGAUCGAGAAAAGUCUAAGUCCUCACAAAGGGCAAAGCAACUAUGUAGUGAAAAUGAACAACGAACUCGUCUCCGACAAAUAAGUAUCCGAUGGUCAAGGGGAAGUUUCUCUUUUCUAUCUUCCGAUGGUAUUUAUGGUUUCUCUUUUCUAUCUUCCUCUGGUAACUAUGUAGUGAAAAUGAACAACGAACUAUUAAGGGAAGGUUAAAGGUGCUUUUCUUACCGCUUUUUAUGCCUCUCCUAAGGGAGAAAGGCAUAACAAGCGGGGUAAGCGAGCACCAAAAACCUACCAGAAAACUAGCCGCACAGUCCUCUUUUCUAUCUUCCUCUGGUCUUUCUUUUUUCUAGUUAAUGAACAACUAUGUAGUGAAAAUGAACAACGAACUAGUCGCACAGUCCUCCUUCAUUCUUCGCCAUCUACAACUUAGCCGAUCUGCUGAACAAAGUCGCCUUUGGGUUGGCCAUUUACUAUGCUGCUGGGUCGCAGGCAGAGCGUGAGAAGGCAAUCGUAGUGCAGAGCAAGGCACCAACAGUUAUGGCUGACGAGAAGCUGCAUCAUCCGCGUGAUGAUUCCCGUGUAAAUGUUACUGAAAAGGAAAGCACUUGAAGAUCCUAAGUCCUGCUUAUUUUCAUUGCAAAGUAUGUUAGCGCCGCGCUUCGUGACUUCAUAUUAUUUGAGGCUGCCGGGUGUCGUCGUAUAGUCUAGGGGUUGGCAUGCUAGGCAAUGAUAGAAGACUUCAUGGAAUUGAAUCCUAAGUCCCAGCUCUAAAGCAGUAGCUGAGAUAUUGGAGAUCCCGUACCAAGAUCCGGAGAACAACCCCAUCUUCGCGGCGAUCCUCGGGAAGACGCAAGGAGCUGGCAGCAAACCGCAAGGACUUGGGUCAAGUAUGCCAGCUGGUGCUACCCUUCUAGGAGACACAUCUGCUACGUCGCCACUUGGAGCUUCUCGAGGGCAACUAUUUCAGACUAUGGGAGCCAACAUGGCGCAGACAAUGGGAGGCGCGAACAUGGGACAACAAAUUUAUGGUCGUGUACCUCCUUCUUGUGUAGUUAGAUAAGUAGAAGAUGUUGAUGAAUAUGUAGUGGAGAUUCUUCUAGUUGGUAUUGGUAGGUGGUAGAAGAUGUAGCAGAUUUACUAGUUGUGAAGUCGCCGGAUUACUUUAGGCAGGACGAGAACUUAGACACAGAUAGUACUAUGUGGUCCCGAUGUGGUUCAUAUUUCAGUCUACUAGUACUAGAGAGAGAACAUGAACAAGAAUAACAGCUUCAAGAACUCUCUUCUAACCCUGGCAGGCAGGAAAGAAUGAGAUGCCUGGAUGGUUGCCAGGUAUGAGCUCACCAGCGUUUUUCGGUAUGCCUGCUACUGGCGUCGAUACGACAGGCGGAGGAGUGCCGAUGGGUGCCGCAUUGUUCGGAGGGAACGAAGCAGGUUUUUAAGGUGGAAAACUUGAAUACAUUUACAAAGCUGCUUCACGACUCCCUUUAUGCAUUUUGGAGACGACUACAUGAUCUUUAUACAAGGAAUAAAGACCAGCAUCUAACUAACGGCUCACACGAAUCCGCAGUCAGCGGCAGGCGGGAUGGAUGUCAAUGAGAAAGAUCUCCGAUCCCCUUCGCCAGCUCAGUAGCUGCGUUGGAAGGCGCAGAAUAUGAACAGGCCUUUAAAGAUGAGGUAGAAGGGUAGAUUUGCAUUAGACUUAGAGGGUUAUAAGCAGGUGUGGUGUAGUUCCUGUUCGUUCUCGUGGAGGUGAGUGUUGUAGUCCUCUUCUUGAGGAUAGUAAAAGCUAAGAGUUUCUGAUAGGGCGACUAGUUCCUCCACGCAAAAGAUAGAAAUAGCCAUGCAACCAUCAGUAGAAGUAGUUAAAUUGCCAACCAAGAAGAAAUCCAAAUGACCAGUAGAUAAUCAGCAACCGAUUAGGGAAUCGAGGAAGUCGGAGCAUCUUUUUUUUCGUGUAUUCAUGUAAUACUGUUUGACAUGUAUUGUUCAGUGAACAAGUUCUCGAAAGUGGUUUUUGGUGUCCUGAGAUGCUGUUGAAGUAGUGUUUAGAGUUUGAGCAGUAUGCAUUCGCAUGCACCAGUAAAUCUAGUGAUAUUGACAUUCAGAGUCUUUUAGCUCGAUCUGUCGGUGAUAAGAAAGCGCAAGUUUCAAUGUAUCAAGAAGAGUUUGAUAUUCCUUGUGGACGAUAUGAAGGUUACGCAGACGUGCAUGUACUAGAAAGCCAAAGAAAUAGAAAUUCGGCAAUUCGUACUACACAGGAGAAGUAGAGCUCACAAUCCUCG